GCCAGCGCGCCGUUGCCAUGGCAGCGAGGGGCGCGGCUGCCGUGCAGAGGCGUUUCCGGGAAGAUGGCGGCUGUCGAAGCGGCUGCCGAGUCGGUAAAGGUAGUGGCGGCCCUUGGACCAAAGGCGAAGGUGGAAGAGGAGGAAGAAGAGGAGACGCUGCCACCAUGCGAGGCGGUGCGCUGGGCCCCGGUGGGGGCAGUGGCGGAGGCCGGGCCUGGGGCGGCUGCGUUUGUGGAAGAGACGGCAGCCGAUGAGCCCAGCACGGCCCCAGGUUCUCCGCCUGACUCUCCGGGCCGGACGCUGCGGCGGCUGCGGGCCGAGCGGCGGCGGCUGGACUCAGCAUUGCUCGCGCUGUCCUCGCACUUCGCUCAGGUGCAGUUUCGCCUGCGCCAGGUGGUGCGGGGGGCGCCGGCGGAGCAGCAGCGCCUCCUGCACGAACUCGAAGACUUCGCCUUCCGCGGCUGUCCCCAUGUCCUGGGUUAUGAGGGGCCCGGGAACCACGCCAGUGACGAGGGCGACAGGCCGCCAGAGGACCGGCCAUGGUUGCGGAGCGAGGACCAGAGUGAGCAAGAAAGACAAGAGCGUCUGGAAACACAAAGGGAGAAGCAGAAGGAACUGAUACUGCAGCUCAAGACCCAGCUAGAUGACCUGGAAACAUUUGCCUAUCAAGAGGGCAAUUAUGACUCCCUGCCACAGUCUGUGGUCUUGGAAAGACAGCGGGUGAUCAUAGAUGAGUUAAUAAAGAAAUUGGACAUGAACCUGAAUGAGGACAUCAGUUCCCUGUCCACUGAAGAGCUUCGUCAACGUGUAGAUGCAGCCGUGGCUCAGAUUGUUAACCCAGCCCGAGUCAAAGAACAGUUGGUUGAGCAGCUGAAAACUCAGAUCCGAGACCUUGAGAUGUUCAUCAACUUCAUCCAAGAUGAAGUAGGAAGCCCCUUGCAGACAGGUGGUGGACACUGUGAGUGCAAGGCUGGAGGGAACACAGGAAAUGGUUCCACUAGAGCAAGCAGCAGCAGACUGCCUCCUGGAAACAGCAAAACAAAAGUGGAAGAUGUGAAGAGAGUCCGGGAGACAGGGCUGCACCUGAUGCGGCGAGCUCUGGCAGUGCUCCAGAUCUUUGCUGUUAGCCAGUUUGGUUGUGCCACAGGACAGAUCCCGCCAACUCUGUGGCAGCAGGGCCAGGCUAACAGAGACUACUCUCCCUUACUGAAGAGGCUGGAGGUGUCAGUGGACAGAGUGAAGCAGCUAGCCUUGAGGCACCAGCCUCAUGACCAUGUAAUCACCUCUGCCAACCUCCAGGACCUCUCUCUAGGAGGCAAGGAUGAGCUGACCCUGGCAGUACGGAAGGAGCUGACGGUGGCUGUGAGGGACCUGCUGGCCCAUGGACUGUAUGCUUCCUCCUCAGGCAUGAGCCUCGUCAUGGCCCCUAUUGCUUGUUUGCUGCCAGCCUUCUCCUCGGCUCCUGAAACUAUGCACCCCUGGGAGCUCUUUGUAAAGUACUACCAUGCUAAAAAUGGCCGUGCUUAUGUGGAAUCUCCAGCCCGGAAGCUCUCCCAGUCCUUUGCCCUGCCUGUUAUGGGAAGCACUGCUGUGACCCCUAAACAGAGCCUACUAACAGCCAUCCACAUGGUGCUGACAGAACAUGACCCUUUUAAGCGCAGUGCAGACUCAGAGUUGAAGGCCUUGGUGUGCAUGGCACUGAAUGAACAGCGGCUGGUGUCCUGGAUGAACCUCAUCUGCAAGUCAGGGUCACUCAUCGAGCCCCAUUACCAGCCGUGGAGCUACAUGGCACACACAGGCUUUGAGAGUGCCCUCAACUUGCUUAGUCGUCUGAGCAGCCUUAAGUUCAGCCUCCCUGUAGACCUGGCUGUGCGCCAGCUGAAGAAUAUCAAAGAUGCCUUUUGAUGAGAAUGGCCUGCUCCUACACCAGCGCCUUGCUUAGUAAAGAUAGAUGUGUUAGUCUUCUAGGAAAGGAGCAAGGAAUAGGAGGAGGGAUAAAGACAUUUCUCCUAGCCCCUACUUAGGUGUCAGUGAAAUGUCCAUUGUGCCCACCAACUUAGCAUCUUGAAAAGAUGUGCCGAUAGCCGGGCAUUGUGGCGGGUACCUGUAGUCCCAGCUACUCGGGAGGCUGAGGCAAGAGAAUCACCUAAGCCCAGGAGUUGGAGGUUGCUGUGAGCUGUGUGAGGCCACGGCACUCUACCGAGGGCCACAAAAAAAAAAAAAGAUCUGCCGAAAACCCUCUUGUUAAGAAGGUUCUGGCUCAGCGCCUGUGGCUCAAGUGGCUAAGGUGCCAGCCAUAUACACCUGAGCUGGCAGGUUCAAAUCCAGCCCGGGCUGCCAAACAACAAUGACGGCUACAGCCAAAAAAUAGCCGGGCAUUGUGGCGGGCGCCUGUAUUCCCAGCUACUUGGGAGGUGGAGGCAGGAGACUCGCUUGAGCCCAGGAGUUGGAGGUUGCUGUGAGCUGUGAUGCCACAGCACUCUACCCAGGGUAACAGCUUGAGGCUCUGUCUCAAAAAAAAAAAAGAGGGUUCUGCCCUGGUGUGUAACUACAGUGUACAUGUGGGCAUGUGUGCUUAAACCUAUGUUAAAGGAAUCAAUUGUGGCAUACAGUUAAUGCCCCAACUCAUUGUGCUUAGUUUGAUGUUUUAAAAAACUUGGGUUGUGGGUGGCGCCUGUGGCUCAGUGAGUAGGGCGCCAGCCCCAUAUGCCGAGGGUGGCAGGUUCAAACCCAGCCCCGGCCAAACUGCAACCAAAAAAUAGCCGGGCGUUGUGGCGGGCACCUGUA